AUGAUCGCCCAGGGAACGACCCGACGCGGGCGCAGGUGCAGCACUGCCAAGGCAUUUCUCCGUCCUGUUCGACUCCGGAAAAAUCUCCACAUCUCUCUCUUCACCUUUGUUCACAAGGUUUUGAUUGACAGGAAUGACAAGGCAUUCGCCAUCAAGUACGAGAAGCACGGGAGGAUCGGACACGCUUUUGCCAAGAAAGAAAUAAUUCUCUCUGCUGGAACAAUCGGUUCCCCGACGAUUCUAAUGCAUUCCGGAAUUGGGCCAAAAGAACAUCUCGAGGAAUUUGGGAUUCCCGUUAUCCGUGAUCUGCCGGUUGGGAGAAAUCUGCAAGACCAUAUCGGAGUUUUCGGGCUGAAUUUUUUGGCGAAGAAAGGCUUGGCCUUCAAGCAAGACCGCUACGAAAAGCUUUCUUCCAUCCUCAAGUAUUAUCUGAAAGGCGAAGGUCCACUGACCAGUAUUGGAGGAGUCGAAGCCCUUGCUUUCAUGCACACCAAGUACUCAAAUGAUUCCAAUUUGCCCGAUGUGGAAUUCCACUUCAUCCCAGGAUCUCCAGCAGCAGACGGUGGGCGACAUCUGUGGAGGGCGCAGGGUUUACCCUUUGAAGUGUAUGAAGAAUUUUAUGAGCCGCUGCUCGACAAGGACGUGUGGACGUGCUUGCCGAUGCUGUUACGCCCGAAGAGCGUCGGGGUCAUCAAGCUUCGAAGCAGCAACGUUUACGAGUACCCCCUCAUUUACCCCAACUACCUCACCCACCCCCUGGACACUGCCACUUUGGUGGAAGCUCUCAAAAUGAUGAUCUUGAUGUCAGAGACGAAGGCGUUUAGGGAAGUUGGAACGCGCGUUUACGCGAGGCCGUUUCCGGGUUGCGAGAACCAUGAUUUAUUUUCGGACAAAUACUUCGAGUGCCUCGUGCGACACACCACGCAAACCAUUUACCAUCCCGUUGGUACCGCCAAAAUGGGACCAUCCUGGGAUCCUGAAGCAGUCGUGGACCCAGAACUCAGGGUUUACGGCAUUAAAAGUUUGCGGGUGGCGGACUGUUCAAUCAUGCCGACCAUCGUAUCAGGAAAUACCAACGCCCCGACCAUCAUGAUCGGGGAACGAGCUUCUGACCUCAUCAAAGCCAAGUGGGGUUACGUAGCAUGACAUCAGUUGGCGGCUCAACCCGCAUCAACCUCGUCUAGGGAGCAUCCUCGCAAUAUCUGAAGCGAAUGAUAUUAAAUGGCCAUAUUUUCUUUUGCUGUUCAGGGAUUGAUAAGUUUUUGGAAUAAAGGGGCUAGAGAAGAUGGCAACAGAAAGAUAGCGGGUUUGGUAAAAUGUGAUUGUACUCGCUGCUUCUUUCACAUUAUUUCUCGAUUAUUUUCGGCAUAAAUGAGUAUGCAUUCAAUCUAU